AUGAUCAAAGCUAGCAGUCUUAAGCCAGUUGUUACUGCUGCUCCACCUCCCGAACCGAGGUCUCCUCGGAAAGAUUUGGCAAAGGAUGAACUCAUGUCUUUCCAGGCGGUACCACAAGUUAAUGUUCAGUAUUCUGCUGAAACACAACAAGUCAUAUACUUGUCAAUGGUAGACAUUUCCGUCGCUGUAGCUACUCCAAGUGGCCUUAUUACACCUAUAAUAACUUCUGCCGACAUACUUGGUGUCCAAUAUAUAUCUGCUAGGGUGAAGGAACUAGCUGCUCGUGCUCGUCAGAACAAACUUAUGCCAAACGAAUUUCAAGGGGGAUCGUUCACUAUCUCAAAUUUGGGAAUGUUCGGCAGUGUCGAACAGUUUACGGCAAUCAUUAAUCCGCCCCAGUCAGCAAUUUUAGCCGUGGGAGGGAGUCGCACAGAAUUGGACGAGAAUCUCAAGUCGUGUAAUAGGUAUGUGUUUCUUUACCUUCAUCUAUUUGCGACACGUCCUUUAUUCACUGUAACUCUGUGCUUCGAUGCGCGAGCUAUCACGGAGACUUCGGCACGCCUGUUUUUGGAGCAUUUUUCUGCUUCGCUCUCCGAUCUCGACUUCAUGGUGGCGGAACCUAUGGAUCCUGAACUGAAUUUCGACUUCGCUCGUCUUCUCUAA